AUGGAACAGCAUCGCCCGCCCAUCUUCACGCUCCCACCCGAGAUCCUCGUCCACGCACUCUCGCUGGGCGAUCCAAAGGCAGCAGCAGCGUUCUCGCAGACCUGCCAACACGCCCACGCACUGUGCAAGAGCUCGACGCUUUGGCGGGCCUUGCACAACUCGCUCUUCGACUCGCCGACCCCCACCUCGCAUGCCGAACCCAGCUCGCCAUCGACCGCAGCGUACGACUUUGCAGAGGCGACGAAGAAGCGAACAAGGGCAGAGACGCUGCUCGACCGGCUGUGCGAGAGGGGCGAACCGAUACCACCAGCAGACCUCGCGAUUCUCCUCAAAACGCUAGUCGACGCAGCACAUGCACGGCCGCCUCUUCCCGCGGCUCUUGCAGUACCUGAGGACAAUGUGGACGAUGACUUUGUGGUCCCGUCAAAGCCGAGCGACUCGCUCAACGAGCGAUGGCUCCAGCGAGUCCUGUCCGCCCCCGGUUCUUGGACAGCCGCAGGACCUGGCGAACCCAUUCUCGCCAUCCACCCUUCCUUCUCUCGCGACUCACCCUCAGCCCGCAACCUUCGCUCGUCCAGCGUUUCAAAGGAGAAGACUUCCUCGACGCUCGAGUCCCUCCUCAUUUCGCAACUGGCCUCGCACCUCCACGUCCUCGCAACUCCCUCACCUCUCGCCUACGCCUCUCCCUCGAUCCGCGGCUCAGCAAAAGAGAUUGUCUACGAACGCGUCAACUACCUCCGCCCGAGCUUCUUCGGACCGUUUAUGGGGGACGGGUCGGGCCGAGUCGACUGGCGCAAAGUCGAGGCGAUCGCGAUAGUCAUGGGUGCGAAUCUCGAGGACGCGCAGGCGCUUGGGUGGGGAACGGACCCGUUCGAUGGAGCUGAGGACGACGAAGGACUCGAGGAGGAGGAGACGGUCGUCCCGCGUGGUUGGGGAGCGACGAGACCUCUCUCAGCCGGUCCAGGCCAGCCCGACAUCUUCAACGCGCGCAAGCACCAAACCGCACAAGCACACGGAGCACGUCGUCCGUCCACCACGUCUCGCGUGGACAAGCCCGCUGCAGACCCUCGCGACUGGGCAGGCGUAACGACGCACGAAUACCGCGGCACCUAUGCCUUCCUCCACUACCCGACCUACCACCGGUGGAACUACCACCGCUCGUCGUUCUGGCCGCAGUCGCUGACGGACGAACACGAAGCCGUCGGCGACUGCAUGAGUCUCUUGUUCGAGCUCUUGCCCGAGGGCGAGUGGCCGGAUGAGAUUGAUGUGGCGGACUUGAGCGCCGAGGCGGCGGCGGAGGUGAUGGACGACGAUGAGGACGAUGAGGACUGGCUAGGCGAGGGCGGAGGGAGCACGAGCGGGGAGGACGGUGACCGGUCGAGCGACGCGAGUGGCGACAUGUACUUCACGGAGACGGGUGCCGCGCACGCCGAGUCAUCGCAACGACAGAGUCCGCCUACUUCACCGCCGGAGGACGAGGCGGAUGACAACAGCGGUUCGAGCACGCCUCCUCCGCUAUCCGCCUCGCAACUCUCGAACCUCUACUCUUCCCCCUACCCGGCUUACACAGACCGCGCUCUCCCGCCACUGCCUCUCUCGCCUCUCACGCCGCCGACUCGCCUCACCAACACGUUCCGCCCCUCCACCACGCCUCCCUCGAAGGCCCCCUCCCGUCCUCGACUCGCCUUCACCGGUUCCUCCGAGCCACUUGCCUUCCGCGGAACCUUCACCAACGCCGGACAUGGUCCCCUGAGCGACCGCUCGGUCCGGGGCACCGUCGAAUGGAUCGAGGAAGACCAGUGCGCGCGCUACAAUAUGGUCAUCCGCUAUGGCGGCGAGGACCGCUGGAGCAUGAAUGGCGUGCAGCCGGGUGGACCGAAGUCGAAGAUGGGCAUUCUUGGGAUCUGGAGCUGUGCGGAUCGGAGCGAGGAAGGACCGAACGGGCCGUUCUGGUGCAUUGGUCUCGCUCUCAUGCGCGAGUGCGUGUGUGCUAACGGUCGCUCCGCUUCGCAGGUACUGGCCGCACGUCGCGAGGCCCGACGCUUAGAUUCGAUUCCUGCACGACGUUUUCAACAGCAACUCUGCGUACACAGCGCUUCACGGACUCUUUAG